AUGGGUUUCUUAGCAAGAAGUAUAUUGGUAAUAUCGACAUUGCUUAUUGCUGUGCUCUACCAGAAGUACCGGCACUUAACGACACCGGGUUCAGUUCCGACAAUCGAACUGCAAGAGUACUGGGGUGCCGGCGAUGCUGAGAAGUAUACAGAACUAAGGGACGUUGUACCCUUUGAAUUAAACUAUGAAGAAAAAGUAAUCGAUACCUUGAAAGAAAAACUUGCAAACUUUCCAAAUUUACCACAGCCUCUUGAGGGGGCAGCCUUUCAAUAUGGCUUUAAUGCACAUCGCCUUCGUGAAAUUGUUGAUUACUGGACAUCGGAUUACCUUAAACGCUGGACCGAACGGCAAAGUUAUCUGAAUCAGUACCCGCAGUUCAAAACUCAGAUCCAGGGUUUGGAGAUUCAUUUCCUCCAUGUGAAGCCAAAGAAUGUGAGAAAUCCUAAACGAAUUCUUCCAUUGCUGAUGUUACAUGGCUGGCCUGGUUCUGUGCGCGAGUUCUACGAGAUUGUUCCUAAAUUGACAACUCGCAGUGAUGAAAAAGAAUACGUAUUUGAAGUUAUAGUACCAAGUUUGCCUGGAUAUGGAUUCAGUGAGGGUACCGUAAAACAAGGCUUAAGCCCUGCUAAAAUAGCCGUCAUCAUGAGAAACCUAAUGGCACGACUCGGUUUCAAAAAAUAUUACGUGCAUGGAGGAGAUUGGGGUGCGAUAGUGGGAAAUCUAAUAGCGACUUUCUUCCAAAGCGAGGUGUUAGGCUUUCAUUCUACGAUGUGCACGAACUCUGCCCCAAUGGCCACAGUAAAAACCAUAAUUGGAAGUGUUGCUCCGAAGUUUAUAGUGGGCGAAGAAUAUGUUAGCCACUACUAUCCACUCACGGAGAAAUUUAAGUUAAUGUUAACAGAGACUGGUUAUAUGCACAUCCAGGCAACCAAACCGGACACAAUAGGAACCGCUUUGACUGGCAAUCCUAUCGGCUUAGCUGCUUACAUUUUGGAAAAGUUUUCUACAUGGACGAACCCAGCAUUUCGAGACCUUCCCGAUGGAGGCCUAGAAAAAUAUUUCACUCUCGACACGCUGCUAGAUAACAUAAUGAUUUAUUACUUGACAGACUCAAUCACUACUUCCCAACGAUUGUAUUCGGAAGCAUUCAACGUUAGAGAGCUGACCAAAGAUUACGAUCGAAUUCCGGCGCAUAUUCCAACUGCAUGCGCUAAAUUCCGCUACGAACUGUUCCAACAAACCGAUUGGGCAUUACAAGACCAUUUUAGAAACAUAAUACAAAGCAAUCAUUAUGACAAUGGUGGGCAUUUUGUAGCGAUACAGUUUCCAGACAUUCUGUACACGGAUAUUGUGCAGUUCGUCAAUCGACUGUAUCGCCGAGAGGAUCAGUACUAAGCUUACUACUUCAGUGACGAGAGUAAACGCGAAUGAAUUUUAAAGCGUCAGAAAU